AUGAGUUUAAAGCCGUUCAUUACAGGACAUGAGGAAUUGAUUCAUGAUAUCAAGUAUGAUUUUUAUGGAAAGCAUAUAGCAACUGUUUCUUCUGAUCAACAUAUUAAGGUUUUUGACUUGGAUUCAGCAACAUCGUCCUGGAUAUUGAACGAUCUGUGGAAAGCACAUGAUUCACUGAUUGGAAAAGUGUCCUGGGCACAUCCAGAAUUUUCAAGUUCCAAAAUAUUAGCUUCCUGUUCUUAUGAUCGAACUGUUAAAAUAUGGCAAGAACAGCCUGAUGAAAUGCCAGGUUCAGGAAGAAGAUGGACGAGAUUGGCAACAUUGGCACAAGAAUCAUAUGGUCCAAUUUAUGAUGUUUGUUUUGCCCCUAACCACUUGGGAUUCAAAUUAGGUUGUGUUGGGUCGGAUGGAAUAUUUCGAAUUUAUGAAUCGGUUGAACCUAAUGAUUUGACAAGUUGGGUUUUAACGACUGAGAUUGCUAUCCUUACACUGCUGUUACCUGCAAAAAGUUUACAAAGUAGUUUUGGUAUCGAGUGGUGUCCUUCCAAAUUCACCAAAACUGAAAAGUUUAUAGUGGUUGCGUUAGAUCAAGGUUUUGUCUAUGGUAGUGUACCUAAAGAAACCACUGAAGAUGAAACUUCGGGCGAAAAGUAUAUGAAAAUCUGUAACCUUCCAGAACAUAAUGGACUAAUAAGAUCAGUUAGUUGGGCACCAUCAAUGGGAAGAAACUAUCAUUUGAUUGCUACUGGGUGUAAGGAUGGUUUUGUAAGAAUUUUCAAGGCUUCGGAACAACCAAAUGGUGAUCUACGUAUAGAGACUUUGGCAAAGCUAAAUGACCAUAAGCUGGAGGUAUGGAGAGUUAGUUGGAAUAUGACUGGAACUAUACUUUCAUCUGCUGGUGAUGACGGUAAACUACGUUUAUGGAAGUGUAACUACUUAAACGAAUGGAAGUGUAUGAGUGUUAUCAACACUAGUAAUAGAUCGGAUAGUCGUGGUAUUGAAACUGAAAAAUCUAUAUAG